UCAUGACUGAAUUAACAAACCUAUAUAAAGCAAUGGAGAUCACCUUUGUCUACAGUGGGUAAAAUGGAAUUUGUGGUGCUUACACUGUGUGACGAACAGGGAGACAUCACUGUAAGAGUCUCACAAGACAUUUCCCAAAGACUACAAAAUGAUAACAGUUUAGCAGCUGCACUUAUGCAGCAAGCAAGGGCUGCAACAAAUGCACAAGUCCCUUUAGAUCUGUCUUCAGAUGCUAGGCCUGCUCCUGAAAGGCCUGCUCCUGAUGAAAGACCUGCUCCUGACGAAAGGCCUGCUCCUGAUGAAAGACCUGCUCCUGACGAAAGGCCUGCUCCUGAUGAAAGGCCUGCUCCUGUAAGGCCUGCUAGAUCCCAAGCUGGCACUCCUCACCUGGCAUCCCCCUCCAACCGGUCAGAACACCUUGAGGCAACACAAGAUUUCACACACAACACCAUACUGCUGCUUUUGGACCUGACAAAAACACACCAACAGGUGUACUAUCACUCCAAACCCGGUUUUUACAAAAUUCUACAACGGCAGUUCAGCAAGGAGGGAUACAGUUUCUCCUCAGACAAAAUCCGGAAAAAACUCAACAACCUUUUGACCACCUACAAAAGGGCCAAGGACCGUUGUACCUCAACAGGAGAGGGGAACAUAACGUGGGAAUAUUAUGGGAUAAUGGACAACCUGUUUGGGAGGUGCGGUGUUGGGAGCGCACCUCCAGGCACUGUUGUUUCCACCCCUCUAUUACCCACUGCCUCACAACCAUCCACCACACUGCCGUGUGCCUCUGAGGCCCAGCCUGGUCCCUCCAUGACCCUGCCCACCACACUGCCGUGUGCCUCUGAGGGCCAGCCUGGUCCCUCCAUGACCCUGCCCACCACUCAGCCGAGAUCAAUCCGGUCUCGAGUCUCCCAUCCCUCCUUCUACGACCUGUAUGAGGCCCACUCGGAGAGGAGGACCAGUGCACUGGAGACACUGGUGCGGCCAGAACAGGAGCGCCGGAGAAGGCUGAAGGAGAGAAAUAGGAGGAGGUUUGAAGCUAAAAUGUUGACUGCGAUGGGAGAAGUUGUUUCCCAGUUAAAGUCCAUUGGGAGCCAACAAGAGCGCAUCAUUGAGCUUUUGCAGGACAAGCCCAAUAUGCCAUAAUUUCCCCCGCACUGGGUAUUCCCUGAAUUAAUUUGUUUAUAAAGAACACCACCUCAGUUUGUUUAUGGAAGUAAUAUUGUUUAGAUUAGUUAUUUAUUUUCCUCGUUAUGCAGUUGAGUUAUUAUUUCAUCCCUGGCAAUUGCCUUGUAAUAUUUGUAUUGGUAUACACUAAGUGUUCACAAUGUUUAUAUGCAAUUAUUAUUUAUUUGCCAAGUACAUGUGUACAUAUGUAUAUAUAGUUAUUUCAUUUUCAAAGAAGAUAGUCAACUGCUAUUGACAUGUGCAGAAAAUGACCAUAUCUAGUUUUCAUAUAUAUGCAUUUAUUUUUUACUUGCCCAAUCAUUUUGGAUGACAUUACAUGUUACUUGU